AUGAAAAAUAUGAAUUAAUUAAGUUAGCAUUAAAAUUUAUUAAUUCAUAAUAUUCCUUAUUAAAUAAAAAGCAAUACAUUUAAUUAUCAAAACAUUACUCAAUAACAUAUCUAAAAUUCUAGAAUUACAAAUUACUCAAGAUUGGGAAUUACAAAUCAAAUUAUAAAAGAAUUUUACGAUUUAUUUCUUUUAAUAAGUAAUGAUACCAAAUAAAAAUCCAAUUAACCCGUCUUAUAAAUUUAAUCACCAAAAUAAAAAAAACUAUUGUAAAUUCAAUCUACUGUUUUACUUCAAGAAAUCAAUGAAAAAUCAUAAUUUGUUAAAAUACCAUAAACUUAUAAUUAAUUAUCCAAAUUUGAAAUAAACAACUAAAAGAGAUAAUCUAUAGAAAGAUACAUUUCAAAAAUAUAUUUCAAAUCCCUCAUCUAAUUUGUUAUGACCAAUAUUUAAUUAAUGAAUAUAACUUUAUUAAAUUGGAGAUUAUUAAAAUCAAAAAAUAUACAUACAUUUACUUCAAGUUCAUAUAAUAUGAAAAACUAAAUACUCUAAUAAUGUGAAUUACAAUAUUCUAAUUUAUUAAAAUCAUCUUGGAUGGCUUACCAGCUGAUUGUGGAUUGGUUGAUUUCUGAAAGAUUCAAAAAAGGAUAGAAAGUUGUUAUAUAAUUGAUUUUUGAUGAAUAUUUCAUUAAUUAUCUCAUUAGAUUUUCUAUAAAAUUUUUAUUUAAUUUUAAAAAAUAAGGAUUUUAAGACCCUAGUUUGUGAAAGGACUUGAAUUUUAUAAAUUAGAAAAAAUCAAGGUAUCUAUCGGUAAUUACUUGAAUUUACUUUAUGAGCAGCAGCAGGAGCUACAGGAUUAUUUUAUAUUUAACUUGCUUUAAAUAUGCAUUGUGAUUUUAUAGGAGAUAAAGAAAAAAUUAUAUUUUUAUAAAAAUAAUUUCCUGGUUUAUAGUAAUUUAAUAAAAUUAAAUUAUAUUUUUAUAAAAAUAAUUUCUUAGUUUUUAGUAAUUUAAUAAAAUUAAAAUAUAAGAAUAAUAAAUUAUAAAGUGGAUGAUUAGGAUAAAUAAAUUGAAAAUUAUAGUUUAGAUUAUUAUUUUGAUAAUGUUGGUGAGUAUAUGUUUGAAAAAAUGAUAGAAAAAAUAAAGAAGAAUAGAAAGAUUGCGUUAUGUAGUCAAUGGGAAGUGUUCAAAUUAUAAUGAAAGAUAAGGAUUAAAUAAUAUGAAUAGGAUUAUUUAUAAAAGAUUGAAAUUAAAGGGUAUCACUUUUAAUUAAGAAUAGAAUAAGUAAAAUUUAUAAUAUAUAAGAAUCCAAGCUGCAUUUGAUUAUUUAUUUUAAUAAUUCUAGUAAAAAAAGCUAAAAAUCUUUUAGGAAGAAUACAAUUAAUUGAUUGCUACUCCAUAAGCCCUUAAAAAUCUAUUCAAAGGAGAGAAUAUAGGGAAAAAAAAAUUUUAAUUUAGAUAAUUAAUCUAAAUGAGGAUUAUUAUUUUUAUGAUUUUAAGUUUUAUAUAAUAAUGUCUAGUAUAUAGAAGAAAAUAUAAAUUUAAUCAAUUUUUUUUCUGA